AUGCCUCCCAUACUAGAAAUCAUCACGGGCACAAGCUCUAUAAUAUCAAGGCUUGCUGCCUUCAUCUUUCUCAGAUGGAUUCCCAGCCAUAUCUUUCCUCCAAUUAUCGUAACUGCUGUUGCCAUCUAUCUCAGCUGCAUUUUGGCGUGGCCUAUGUCGGAUAGCGCUGGGAUGCAGGAAAGUAACCACGAGGCCAUUCCGCCGCCGGAUCCGAAUGGAAUACCUGCGGAACACCUUACACCCGAUGACCAUCAAGAGCCCAUUCUCUAUGACGAUGAGAAAUCGACUUUCAAGAUCCUACUGUUGGGGAUACCUGACUGGCGAGAGAAAAGAUGGAGCUACAUGACGAUUGGAGUUAACAUAUUACUGGCCUUGUUUACUCUCGACCUGGCCUUUCGAGGUCCGCUCUUCCAUCCCGCCCAAGAUUUAAGUUUUACCCGGGUCGGCUAUGUCAGCUCAGAUUCGGCAAAAGUCUUGAUCAGAGAACCUGAUCCAGCCCAGUUGCCAAUGUAUGUCUACUUGUCCAUGGCCGACAAGACUAAAUGGACGACAACGGAUACGAUUUAUUACCUGGGCCCAGAGACCGAUUACACUUAUGCUGCCAACUUUCACGGACUUCGGGCUUCUACCAAGUACAUCUAUUCAUUGUCCAAUGAUAAGCAAGGCACCUUUAUCACGGCGCCGUCGCCAUAUUCUGAAGCGGCCAAUAGCUUGACCUUUCUCACUUCAUCUUGCAUGAAGGCGAAUUUUCCCUACAGACCUUGGGCCCAUGCCUUAUCCAUUCGUGGGUUCGAAUACCUUUCGAAAGUUGUUCGGUCCUUGCCGUCGCCAGCUUCAUUCAUGCUCUUCCUCGGUGACUUCAUCUACAUUGACGUUCCGAUGCGUCUAUCCUCCUCUCUUCAACAUUACCGAUCUGAAUAUCGGCGUGUCUAUGCCUCACCAUCUUGGUCGUUGCCCGGCCUAGACUCCCUUCCCUGGAUCCAUACGCUUGACGACCAUGAAAUAGCAAAUGACUGGUCCGCUGGGAAUGAUACGGAUCCUUUCCCCGCUGCAUCAGACCCGUUCAUCCACUACCAUGUUUCAAUUAAUCCGCCAGUCCCCCUUGGCUCUCCCAGCGGCUUGGAAGCAAACAUUACCUAUUUCCAAUUUUCAAAUGGACCGGCCUCAUUCUUCAUGCUCGACACACGACGCUACCGUACUGAUCCGGAACCUCCCUCCGCCCAGUCCUCAAACACGCCAUCAAAUUACACUAUUCUGGGUACCGCCCAAUUGGCCUCCCUGCUGAAAUACCUUUCUACCCCUGAACCUGGAUACGUCCACUGGAAAAUAAUUGCCACCUCUGUCCCCUUCACUAAGAACUGGCGUUUUGGCACCUCCGAUACCUGGGGCGGAUUCCUUCACGAACGCGCCAAAAUCCUCGCCGCCAUGCAUGCAGCGGAGCGCGAUCUCGGCGUUCGUGUCAUCGUCCUCUCCGGUGACCGUCAUGAAUUUGCCGCAAUCCGCUUCCCACCACCAGUCGUGGACUUUGCAGCUUCAAAGGCCAAAGCCAAAGCGAAAGCGACCGACCAAAAUGCAACAGACCAAACACAUUCCAACACCGACACCAAAACCGUUUUCUACGACCGGAACCCACAGUCUGGCCCACAUGAAUUCUCCGUCGGUCCAUUCAGCAUGUUCUACCUGCCCUUCCGCACCUUCAAGCAAAUUGAUGACGAGGACGUCACGAUCAAGUACAUACCAGACGGGAACAAUAAGAUCGGGGUAGUGGAGAUACAGAAUCUCGCGGGGGAGGUGCAGAGGAGUCUGCUGAAGUAUUCUCUCUACAUUGACGGCGCAUUGGCGUGGGAGUACGCGCUUACUAGUCCGGCGAAUGGGUCAGGGAAAAGGGGUUGGGCGUGGGCACUCGGUGGUGGUAGGAGGAGGUGGUUGUGGAAUUGA